AUGUCAAGAAACUCUAGUGUCAAUCAUGGUAGCAGAAUCCGGAGCCUUGAUCCAUUUUUGGAUGCUGGACGUUUGCGAGUCGGUGGUCGUUUACACAAGUCAAGUUUUCCAGGGGAGAUGAAACAUCCAGUGAUUUUACCAAAAGAUCAUCAUGUGUCCACUCUAAUUCUUGAACAAAUUCAUCAGGAUUUAUUACACAGUGGCAGAAAUCAUAUGCUAGCAAAGUUGAGAGAACGUUACUGGCUUAUCCAUGCUCCAUCUGCAAUUCGAAAAGUCGUAUCAAAAUGUGCUACUUGUAGACGACAGAGAUCUAAGGUCGGAGAGCAAAAGAUGGCAAGUUUGCCCAAAGAUCGUAUUAUCCCAGACGAACCACCAUUUAGCAGAGUUGGUGUGGAUUACUUCGGACCAUUUGAAGUCAAAGUGAAACGGAGUCGUGUGAAACGCUACGGUGUUAUAUUCACUUGCUUAGCUAGUCGUGCAGUGCAUCUAGAGAUAGCAGCUUCGUUGGAUACAGAUUCCUACAUAAAUGCACUACGUCGUUUCAUAGCAAGAAGAGGACAAGUAAAGAAAAUGCGUUCUGACAACGGAACUAACUUUGUUGGUGCCAAACGUGAACUUAAAAAAUCCAUACAAGAAUGGAACCAAGCACAGAUCCAAUCUGCGAUGUUGCAAAAGAACGUAGACUGGCAGUUUAACCCACCAGCUGGAUCACACUACGGGGGAGCCUGGGAGAGGUUAAUUAGAUCUAUUCGUAAAGCCAUGAAUAGUGUACUAAAGGAGCAGACACUUGAUGAUGAAGGACUUCAUACUCUAAUGUGUGAAAUUGAAUAUACAUUCAACGACCGACCAAUAACAAAAAACACGGAUCAACACGGUGACUUGGAGCCACUUACUCCAAACCAUUUGCUUUUGAUGAAGAGGAAACCUAAACUUCCUCCAGGAGUCUUCGAUAAGACAGAUCUGUACCACAGACGCCGUUGGAGACAGAUACAAUAUAUGGCCAACCUGUUCUGGCAUCGUUGGGUACGCGAGUACUUACCACUUCUCCAGGAACGACAAAAAUGGCAUGAUAUCAAGAGAAACUUUCAAAUCGGUGAUAUUGUGUUAGUUGUAGAUUCGAACGCCCCAAGGAACUCUUGGCCGAUGGGAGUUGUGCAUGAGACGAUUCCCGACAGAAAUGGACUCGUGCGUCAGGUGAAAGUGAAAACCGCAACAAACAUUCUAACGCAACCUGUCGACAAACUGUGCAUGAUCCUAGAAAUGGACUAA